AUGUGGCACUCAUUACUGCUCACAGCCCUGGUGCUGGGAUGUGCGGCCAAGCCCCCAGCCCCAAAGAAGCCAAACAUUGUCUUCAUCUUUUCCGAUGACCAGGACAGGCUGCUAGGCUCAACAGACUUCCAGUCGGUUCUGCGCCGCGGAAUCCUCGACAAGGGCACCGAAUUCACGAACCACUUUGGCACCACUGCCCAGUGCUGUCCUGCCCGCGCCAGCAUCCUCCGUGGCCAGUUUUCGCACAACACAAACAUCACACAUGUUAAUGGUCCCGGUGGCAAUUACGACAAGUGGCUUGCCUCGAAGCAGGACCUGGACUAUCUGCCCGUCUGGCUCAAGAAGGCGGGCUAUCGCACGGAGUACGUCGGGAAGUUUCUCAAUGGCUACAACACCGCCAACUACGCGAGCGCGCCCAAGAGCUGGGACUGGGUGGACGCCUUGAUUGACCCGUACACCACGUUCUACAAUGUACCAGUCAUGUCCCAGAACGGCGAGCGGCCAGUCUGGUACAAGGGCUUCCACCAGACCGAUGUGAUCCGCGUCAAGGCACUCGACCGGCUCGAAUAUUUAGCAAACCAAGACCAGCCAUUUUACCUCACGGUCGCGCCGUACGCGCCGCACGUGCAGAACAACGCGGCCCGGCCGAUCCCGCUGAAGCGGCACAUGGAGCUCUUCCCGGAGGCCAAAGCGCCAAGAAAGCCAAACUGGAACCCUGCAGAUGAGUUCCAGCUCAAGAAGGGCAGCUGGCUGCGGGGCCUGCCCCUCAUGAACGACUCGGUGAUUGAGUUCGCCGACUACACGUACCGCUCGCGUGCGCAGGCGCUGCAGGGUGUGGACGAGAUCAUCGAGGACGUGGUGCAGAUGCUCGAGGACAAGCAGCUCCAGGAUAACACAUAUAUCGUCUACACAUCUGAUAACGGAUAUCACAUCGGCCAGAACCGCGUCCCCGGCGGCAAGGCCCUCUUCUACGCCGAGGACACCAACCUCCCGUUUGCCGUCCGCGGGCCGGGCAUCCCGCAGGGCGUCAAGUCGGCCCUGCCGAGCACGCACGUCGACCUGGCCCCGACGUUCCUCGAGCUCGCGGGGGUGCCGCCGCACGAGCAGCCCGUCUUCUUCGACGGGGCAAGCCUGCUCCCGCAGUGGAGGGACCCGCGCGGCGGCCACGGCGGGCACGGCGCCCCCCAGACCAUCAGCGGCAAGGGGACCGCCAGAGAGGCCCUGAAUAUCGAGUUCUGGGGCCAGUGCACCGUCGAGGCGCCCAACGUUAAGGAGCUGGGCGGGCCGUUCCGGAGCAACUCGUACAAGACGGUGCGGAUCCUGGGCAGUGACGCUGAUGGGGAGAGCGGCAGCGCCAGCAGCAGCAGUGGCAACGGGUGGCUCUACACUAAAUGGUGCACCGGCGACGCCGAGCUGUACCACACCUCGGCGGACCCGUUCGAGCUCGACAACCUCGCCAACUCGACGGACCCGGUGCACCGGCGCGCAAAGUCGCGGCUCAACGCGCUGCUCAUGGUGACCAAGUCGUGCGAGAAGGGAUCAUGCCGUGACCCCUGGGCCGUGUUCGACGUGCCCAGGGAUAUGCCAGGUAAAGGCCCGAGACUCGGCCCUGGUCCCGGUCCCGGCUCCGGCUCGGGGGGUAACGGUGGCAACAAGAUAUCGUCGUUCGAGCAGGCCAUGGACCCGCGCUACGACGCGUUCUUCGACUCUUUUCCCCAGGUCGCCUUCAAGGGGUGUCUCGCGUAUCAGUCCGCGGAGAACGAGGCGCCCUUUUAUCCGCCCUUGCCUGGCGGAGGUGCUGGUGGUGGUGGCGACGCCGGUCUGGGCCGGGCGUAUCGCAGCCCGACGGACAAUUUUGUCGAGACGAAAGACGCGCUGAGCAUCCGGGACACCAACUUUUACGGUUCGGAGGAGCAGCGGCGUGCCACGCUCGCGCAGGUGUACGCCGGUUCUGUGGCCCUGACCGACGAGCAGCUGACCACGGAUACUCGCAGUGGUGGUGGCGGUGGUGGUGGGGAAAAGAGGCUGGUGUCCUUUGCGAGCAUGGGCGAGAUUGACAUGAGGAGAGAGUACGGGUUCGACUAG